AAGUUAAUAUUUCAAAACUAAUUUAUUGCACUGAUCAUAUUGCAUAAAGUAGAAUUUAAAAAAAAAAUCAUUUCAUGAAGUUCAAGUGGUUACCCAUACAAUGCGUUUAGAUAAAGCAAAGUAACGCAAGAUUUUCUAUUAGCUCUGGCUAACCUUUUAUCGAUAAAGCUCGGUGGUUAGAGCAUUGUCCAAGACUGUUUUACUAGGGGUCCCGCGGGUUCGAUUCUCAACAGAGGCAUAUUUGACUCAUUAUAUGCGAUGGAUUACUGAUCCGAUACUUUAACUAAGAAAAGCGUAUACAUGUAAUUAUUGACGUCAAAUUUCGUUGUUCGAUCGAUAUGCUUUAUUGAGUUAUCUAAUACAUGUAACAUUAACCUCAAUUAAUCAAUAUGUAGGUCAUGCGCUUGAAAAUCGGAUUUAUGUUGACAAGUGACAAAUUAUCUAUUGUCAUACACCAGACAUCUACGCGUCGUGAAUACAUUCAUGUAGAUCGAGUAUCAGUAACCUAAUAGGUCGAGAAGUAGGGUGAUGUACUGCCAUUCAAGCAUUAUUACCCAGCAAGUGUCGAGAUAGGGAGGAUACCGACCGCGAUCACGAGACCACGCCCCGUAAAAUGGGAGUCGCAGAAUUCGACAUAGAAGACAAUUCAUUUACUGUGACGGAUGAAGCUAAGAAACGUUUCUCAGAUGAUGGAUGCAUAGUUGUUAGAGGUUUACUAUCCGAUUCAGAGCUGCAAAAUGUGAAGAAGGCCAGCGAAAAUCCAGAACUUCUAAAACACCAGUAUGGCAGACCUGACAAGAAAGGUAAAGAACCAAAAUUAGUUUUAUGGCAGCACCCAGGAAAUGACGUCACGGGGAUUGUUGCACGAUCUGAGAAAGUUGCAAAGACCUGUCAGGAGUUAUUGGGUGGAGAAAUUUACCAUUACCACACCAAGUUAAUCAACAAAGAGCCCUACAUAGGGGGCACAUUUGAAUGGCAUCAGGAUUACGGGUAUUGGUAUAAUUAUGGCUGUCUGUUUCCGGAUAUGAUGACUGUCUUUGUAGCAUUGGAUGACUGCAAGAAGGAGAACGGCUGUUUGCAGGUUCUGAAAGGGUCACACAAAUGUGGACGUAUUGAUCACGUGCUUGUUGCUGAUCAAACAGGCGCCGACAUCGAACGAGUUCAAGAAAUUGAGAAAGUCUGCGACCUUAUCCACGUGGAGCUGAAGGCAGGUGAUGCGUUGUUUUUCCAUUGCAACGUGCUUCAUACCAGUAGUGACAAUACAAGUAAAAACCAGAGAAGGGCCCUCGUUAUAGCUUAUAACAGAGCUUCUAACAACCCAGGUCCGCACGAAAAGCACCCAGGAUAUACACCUCUCUAUAUCGUUGGGAAUUCUGCCAUUGUAAAUUGUGAAAACUAUGAUGACUUCUCUGGGAAAGAUUUCUGGCUGAAACAACCUCAAGUGUGAAUAAACUAACCAACACCGUCACUGACUAAAUUUAGUUCGUACUCCAUUAUCUAGCGUGUCCUAUUUCAAUAAGAAAAUGAAAUCACGAUGAUGUCAUAUUUAUUUGAUAAAAAUCCAGUUAAUAUAAUAUAAAUGAAUCUUC